AAGUAGCUGAAAGGAACCAACAAUGGCAGAUGAAGCAAUGGCCUUAUGUGACGACUACGCUAAAGAUUUUGACCCAGAUUACUACAUACAAAUAUUCGAAGACCCAGAGCCGAGCCCUAUCCUUGCGAACCUAAUGUCAUUCAUAUUGACCAAUUAUCACAAAGCGUUUAACUCAGGUACUGUCAAAGGGAAGACGCUCUUGGAUAUUGGGACAGGUCCAACAAUAUACAGUGUCAUUAGCGCAGCACAACAUUGUGACAACAUCUUCUUGUCAGACUUCUGCCAGAGUAACAAUGACAUCUUAAAGCAAUGGCGCGAUGGAUCUUUGGAAUUCAGUUUUGAUAAAAUAUUUGAAAUGGUACUCAAAAUAGAAGGGAAAAGCAAAACUGAUAUCCCCGAGAGAGCGGCAAGUAUUAGAGACAAGAUUUGUGGGAUUCUACACUGCGACAUCAGGGACGAUAACCCUUUCUCGCCAAACUUCCUUCCGCAGGUCGACAUCGUCACGUCAUCCUUCUGUCUGGAAGCAGUUGCCACAGACUUGGCCUCCUAUGAGCGGUACGCCAGGAAUAUGGUCGGAAUGUUAAAACCCGGUGGCCACGUGGUCAUCUGUGGAUGUUUGGGAGGAACUUUCUACACAGUGGGAGAAAAGAAGUUCGGCACUUUGGGGAUGUCGAGAGAUGAAUUGAAGUCUACAUGGAAGAAGGUUGGAAUUCAGAUCAUUUCCUGGGACGAGGGUGUACGAGCCAAGGAAGACUAUUCAGAUGUGGAGGGCAGCUAUAGCAUGGUUGGAAAAAAGGUCCCUGUUGCUUUGUGAAAACUUUUGAAUGU